AUGGACUUAGACACCAGACCCCAUCACCGCACAGCAGCCGUUACAAGCAAUAGUACAACUAGUGAGCUCUUUAUUUGCUUUACUUCUCGUCUUUCUUCUUCUUCUUCAUCUUCUUCCAUGAAAUUUUCUAAAUCAAUUCUUAGUCCUGGCCGUGCACGUGAUGGGCCUCUUUCUCUUCCCACUUCUCUCAGCCGGAGACUCAGAGCAAAUGGGAGCUUAAAAGGCGGUCAAGCUUCUCCUAUGUUUCCGGCCACCGGGAAGAAACGCGGGUCGGGUUUUGAAAACCCGGAACCUACUUCUCCGAAGGUUACUUGUAUUGGUCAGGUUCGAGUGAAGACGAAGAAGAAGGUGAAACAGACAAGGAGUUUGUCGAAGAGAAGAAGUGGAAGCGGUGAGGUUAGUUUCAGAAAAAUAGAACAAGCCACUGAGGCAUUUAGUCAAACAGAUGAUAGGCUAUUGUUAAGGAAUCAGAGAUACUCGCAAGGGAACUCGAGUGUGCAUUAUCAGCAACAAGAAUGUGUUUCUCAUAGAAAUCAAAGAUGGGUUCAUCUUCCAUUGACGAUAUGUGAGGCUUUGAGGGCUUUUGGUGCUGAGUUUAGCUGUUUGUUCCCUUGCCGUUCGUCGUGUUUUUCGACGAACGAAAGGGAAAAGGAAGAGAAAGGAGGGGAGAAUAAUGAGCAUAGAUCGUGUGGGGCGGUUUUUGCUAGAUGGUUAGUAGCAGUACAAGAUGGGGAAGGAGGGAAAAGGAGGGAUAUUGAGUUGGUGGUAGCGAGUGGUGAAGAGGAAAGAACAGAGGAGGAGGAGGAGGCAAGGCGUAGUAUAAUGAGGAGUUCAAGAAGACAUGUCUUUGAAGAUAUUGAAUUUAAGGAUGAGAUUGUUGAAAUGGAAAACGGAGGAGGUAAUGGAGAGAAAGAUGAAGAAGAAGAUGCUGUAGAAUUGGAAAAAUUCGGAGAAAUUAAGCGUAUGGAAAUUGUAGAUUGUCAGAAAUGUGAACCAAGUAAUGAAGUUGAAGCAACGGAGAAAUUGUGCAAAUUGCCAGGUGAAGCUAGGCUUUCAGUAGAUCUCAAUGAAAUGGAAGAGAAUCCGGAGGAAACUGAGGUCAUGGAAAUAGAGGAAGAAAGAAAGCAUGAAACUUGUGAAUUAGCCGCAAAAAUGGAGGAAGAACAUGACCAAAUAGAGUGUUUUGUAGCCGAAGACGAGGAGUAUCUUGAACAAUCAGUCCAAUUGGUUAAUCAUAUGGAAGAUAAUGAAGAAAUUGGAAAUAACCAUGUUGAGGAAGAAGGAGAAAAAGGGACUAUUUCGCUCCGUUUAUCGUUAUCAGAAAGCUCAAAUAGACGAAGUAUCAAAAUUGAAGACGAAGAACUAGAACUAGUAACUGAAGAAGCUGCAUUGGAAGAAGAAGAAGAACGAUUCAAGUCAACCGUAAUGAGAGAAAUCGAAGAAAUUCUCAUGCAGGGUAACAUAGAAAUGAAUUCCACAACGCCCCAACAAGAAUCUGAACAAGAAGAACAGGUGCAAAAUGACGAACAAAUUGAAGAAGAGAAGCAAAUUGAACAACCCAAAGAGCCUGAAAACGAAGAAAAAGAAUCCGUUUUGCCUGAGUGUUUGUUACUAAUGAUGUGUGAACCGAAGCUAUCAAUGGAAGUUUCGAAAGAAACAUGGGUGUGUAGAAGGGAUUUUCUCAGAUGGUUACCCGAAAGAAAACAACACGCCAAACCACCCAAGAAAGAGAUCCCUGAAGAACAACCCAAAAGGCGGCGGAGCACUGACACUAAACCUACAGAACACAGGAACAAACACCUAUUACAACCACCAAGAUCAUCGUGUUCUUUACCAGCAGCCACGGGGAUGUCCAUGACUACCAUGAUUGAGCAGAAACUAGUGAAUGCAGCAGCUUACGAGCCGUUUGUGCUGACAAGGUGCAAGUCGGAGCCAAUGAGGACAGCGGCAGCUAAGCUGACCCCGGAGAAUUGUUGCUGGAAAAACAGAAAAAUUGAGCCUCACCGGCCGGCUACAUUUGGCGUCGGGGCAGCUGGAGUCGGGUUUUGA